AUGACCACUACUAUGGAAGAGAACAUUUCACCAGCAUACUACUAUUAUGUAGACCCGUCAACGUUGUACCACUCACAACAGCCAGACCCAUUGGACGACCUGAUAUCGGUGUAUGGCCUCCAAGAUAUAUCACAACAGGUUGCACGCACAAAUUCAGACGGUACAAAAGCCGUAAAACUGCGGAAAUCCUAUAAAAACCAGAUUAAUGACCUUUCCGGGAAAUUUUCCGUCAUCCCAACCCGAGAUAACGGCAAAGGUGGCGAUAUUGCUCCAAUUUUGUUUCAAAACAAUCCAGACAUGAUUUCCCAGGUACAACGAACCUCAGAGAUGGCACCUGAUCAAUGGCGGCAGCUCAUGUGCGAGCGUGACAAUUCUUUAUUUGAUACUCAAAAUAUGGAUUGGGACAUUUGUCAAACCGUGCUUUCACAGUUUGGAAGAAGCAAUCCUGCUGAGUUUCAGGCAAACGGUUUCCAAGCCGAGGAUUUGGCUUUCGACUUGGAUGGCAGCGGCAACGCCAUAAGGGCGAAGAAACGUAAGAACAAGUCUAGCGGUAGCUCCAUGGCCACACCGAACAGUGACUUGCCAGAUGAUAUGAAGAGGAGAAGGUUAGAAUGA